AUGAUGUUAUUUGAUGAACAAUCAGAUGUAAAAACAGGUCCGAUCACCGAUCCACUCCCACCAACAACAACGACGGUCCCAACAAUUGACGUCUGUUUUUGCCCAUUCCAUCCCGGAAAUUUCAUGGAACAAGCUUGCCAACAGCAAUGGAUCUCAAAGGGAGAAGUGCUUGCGGUGAAACAGGUCACUUGGAAGGGAGAAACCGAGAACAUAUACACCGUCAAUCAUUUGGAGAUCUUUAGGGGAGGUGCAACUCUUUCCUCUCGAUUGCUUUCACCGACUCUUUGUGGAGUCAAAUUGAACAUCAAUAGGACCUAUUUGCUGAGUGGCAGCUUUAUUCGAAAAACAAAAAAACUGACAAGUGGUGGGUGUUUCUCGUUGGAUGGAGGACAAACCUUGUGGAGCAAGGUCCAUGUAAACCAGCAAAAAGAGUUAGAACAGAUCAAAUGCCCUACUGGCACAACCAUCCCGCCGCCG